AUGAGCCCCGACGCGGAGGUCGACAGGAACGGGCUCACCGCCUUGCACUACGCCGCAGGGCGCGGAGAUCUGCAGAUCUGCAGAUUGCUGCUGGAGCUCGGUGCUGGCGUCGACACACGAAACAAGGACCUCCGCACGCCGCUGAUGUGGGCAGCCAGAAACGGGCACGUCGAGGCAUGCGAAGAGCUGGUGAGGAGGAAGGCUGACAUCCAUGCUGCUAACAAGCUUGGGAUUUGCUGCCUGCACUGGGCUGCAUGGGGUGGCUCCUUGGAUGCUGUGGCUUACCUCUUGGACCAGGCUGCCGACAUCAAUGCAGUCUGCAACGCCGGAUGCAACGUGGCAGUUUGGGCGGCAACUGCGGGCUCGUAUGACAUGUGCCUGUGGCUGCAUGAGAAGCGAGCCGACUUCGCAUCCACAAACAAGAAUGGGCAUGGCGUGCUGAACAAGGCCGCAUGGCGAGGUCACAGCGUGAAGCUCAUGACGUGGAUGCUGGGCAUUGAAAGCAUAGAAGAGCAACUCUUUGAGCAAGACUGGGACGGCGAGUUGCCUGUGGACCGGGCUCGUCAGAAAGGUCAUACUGCUCUUGCAGAAUGGCUGCAUCAGCAGAUGUGUGCAAGGAGGCCUUCUUGGCAAGAGGCCAUAGAAAAGAUAGCUGCUUACAGACUCAGAGCGGCAAGACAGCUGGUUGCGCCCAAGGUGACCCUGAAGAAGCAUGGCGAGUUCGAGGGAGGAGACUUCUGGGAGGAGCACGAGGAUUUGCUUAAGAAAGCUUGGCAAGAGCGAAGUCCUUCGCACCCAGAGCUGCAUGACUUUGGCCCAGCCUUCGAAGACCGGUACAUUCAUCCCAAGCUUCGCGACGCUGCCCAGCAGGCACGGGAAGCCAAGGGUGAGGAGGCUGCAUGGAGCCUCUUUGAAGAGAUUAUUCCGGGGGUAUUUGCGAGCGACUGCCUUUUCACUGCGGAGUUUCGGCAAGACUUCCUUGGGGAACUUGAGAGCAUCGAGGCCGCUGGCAUCCCGACCAGAAGACCCAACGGCAUGAACAGGUACGGAGUGAUUCUGGAUCAGGUGGGCUUCGAGCGAAUGCUGGAGGGACUGGUGGCAGCCUACGUGCGCCCGCUUGGUGCCAUGCUUUUCCCUGAGCUGGUGGGAGCCAACGAUGCAGACGAGCACUAUGCGUUUACCGUGAAAUACGAAUCAGGCGGUGACACCGAGCUUGCCAAGCAUGGGGAUGCAUCAGUGGUCACGCUCAAUCUAUGCCUGGGCCCAUCUGUUUGGGAAGGAGGCACGCUCCGAUUUUUCGAGAGUGGUGGCUCGGGAAUGUAUGCCUUGCCCAAAGGCAACGCAUCGGCUGGUGCUGGCGACAUAGUCUUCCGGCCCGGGAUGGCGCUGAUUCACCGGGGCCAGCACCAGCACCAAGCCCUGGAGCUCUUGAGUGGACAGCGCGUCAAUAUCGUGAUGUGGCUUUUCGCCCGAGACGGCGUAGUUCGCAUUGCCCCGUACGCGCCGGACGAGCAGCUUACUGCAGCACAACGCUGGGAAUCCAGACGAUGGAGGUUAGAUCUGUGA